CGUUUGCUAUGACUAAUGACAGCACCUUGAAACGGAACAUAGUGAGAGGUCUUUACGUCUUGUCUAUCCCAGUCAAUACUUAAGGAGGAUGGUGACAGAGGAUGGAGAGCCAAGCUUCGGCACAAGAAAUAGACAAGAAGUGACGAGAAGGCAAAGUGAAUGAGUGUUGGUGCAUGAGGCCUUCAGGUGCUGCUAGGAGAACCCAUGGAGCCAGACAUCAUACCCUUGCACCCCUCCUCCCCUCCUCCACUGGAUGAUGAUGGCGAUGGGGAGACGGGGUCAGAGGAGGAUGAAUUUGGGGAUUUUGGUGGGUUCUCUGUUGAGGUGUCCUGCUCGCCUCUUGACUUGACUGAUCCUACGGAUUCACCAUGCAGCCCCAGACAGCCUUCUACCACCACAAAGCCAGCCACUCAUCAACCCAACUUUAGCUUUAAAUACCCAGUUGAACAGUCCCAACCCAUGUCCACUGUGGACUCGGGGUCUGACAUAAACAUGGAAGGUCAGGAUUGUAAUGCAGAAUCCUGUGUGCACCUCACAAAUGGUUACUCUAAAAGAGACCACAACUCUGGGACCAACAUAGCCUCUGCAGUGGGUGCAUGCUCUCCCAUGGAAGAAACAGGGUUUGCUGAUUUUACUGUGUUUACAGAGCAGGCAGCACAUCCCUGGUGCUGUGGCUUCUCUCCCAUAGGCAGCAAAGAGCAAUGGGAUAGCAGAGGGGAUGGGACAAACUCCUCCAACAGCUUAGGUGAACAAAUCUGUUAUCCAGGACAGGAGGUUGUUAUGGACUCUGAGCCCAGAUCCCAAUGUGAAUGCAAGGCAAAAGAAAAUGUUUGCACUAAGGUCAAGCACUGUGAGAAAAGAGAUGCAGCACUUGUGCAACCAUCUCAGGACCACCAUCAGCCUCAGGAAGCUGCAGCAGCAGGUUUGGAUUUACCACCCGGAGAACUUAAUUAUGGGGAGGAGGGGUUAGGCGAGCCUGGAGACCGCCAGACGGAAGAGAGGCAUAGUUUUAAUUCUUUACAAACCCCAGAGGUGCAGGAGGAUGGAGUGUCAGACGAAGACGGAGAAGAUCGGGGAAAGAGCACUUCUACCGUCCCCCAAACAUUUAGUGUGUAUGAGUCUGCUUCAGAGGACCUGGCGUCCUUCUGUGAUGAUUUGUCAUUUGAGGGUCCUUCUGAGGACUUGGAACCAAAUGUUUCAUCGCUUGUUUCACCGAAGGAUCAGACUGACUGGGACCAGACUGAUGAUGAUGAGGAAGAAGAACUUGGAAAUCACAGGCAUUCUGGCUGCUUUUUCAAUAGCAGCAUGGCAAAUCUCAGACAGUCUAAGGCAGAGAAAGGUUUUCAUUAUUGCAACCCAUCUGCGACUCAGGAAACUUCUGCUACCUCCAACCAGUCCCAACCUGGAACACAUACAGAAGACGAAGACUUUGAAGACUGUAGUUUUGAGCAUCACAGGGACCACGGGCAUGUACAAACUGCAGAUGCAGUGGUGCAGAGUUUAGGACACCUCCCACCAAGUGACAGCUUUGCUGAUUUCUGCUCAGCGCCCACACUGGAGGAUGGAGAGAAGUCGUGGGCGGAGUUCAAGGACCAGAGGGCUCAGGAGGAGGGAAAAACUUGGACGCAGUUCAGAGAGCCAGUCAGCAGCCUGCAGACUGAUGGGGACACUGUGGAGGAGCAGGACAGGGCAGGGCAAUAUGGGGUUUCUAGGAGGAACAGCUGUCAGGUGUCUCUGUCCUGCCGUGUCCAGCAGCUUCUCCUGGCCAGUUUUCCAGAGGUAGAGGUCUCAGCAGUGGAAGAUGGGGAGGAGGUGCUCAGCCUCGGUGCGCUGCUUCACGCCCGACACCUCCCUGAGAGUGAGGAGGAGGAAAAACCCGAAACCUGUCCCAGAUCUCAGUGGAUUCGGCAAAGGGUGUGGUGGCCACACCAGGACCUCCACGAUGCAGUUGGCCUCCAGUUUCAGUGGGGAGGUUCCCACAUAAAUAGGACUCUGCUCGGAUGCCUUGGUGUGGAGACGAGGAACAUUGUGUUCAUUGGCAUGAAGAAGCAGCCAGUGGCUGUGCCUGCUUUUGCAUCCAGCCUGGGAAUGCUAGAGCCCACCAAAGACUCUGUGCCAGCUGUCUGUUCUCCAGGACACACGGCAGUCACAACACUAGAACCUCCAGGGCCCCGGGACACACCAACACAUUCAUUGCCGGAGGCGCUCCCUUCCAGCCAUCUGGACUGGAGCAGCCGUGGCCUUAGCAGCUCUCAGGACGACUGCUCGGCUCUCAACCUGGAUUGUUUUGGUCCUGAGGAGGAGCGCGGAUCCUACUGCGGCAGCAGCAGCCGUAGCAACAGUCCUCCUCCAGGAGUUGACCGUGAGCUGUAUGAGUUGACCAUCAGCAAACUGGAAACAGGCGCUGGAAGUAGCCACAUGGAAGACACCUUGAAUCGCCUUAUGUCCACUGCAGAGAAAACCAGCACUUCAGUCCGGAAACCUCAGCAGAAUGAGGGGCUGAGUGCCGAGGCUGGCAGGCUGAUCUCUGGACUGCCUAACCUGUCCUUCAUGCAGGCCAAGGUCCUCAUGUUCCCAAGCGUCCUCCUACCCAAAGAAUGCUGUUCUCCAUAGUAACAGUGACAUGUGACCUCCACACACAUUCAACCAUAACAUACUGUAGGGCUCAAAUUUGACAGCAGUAAAAUCAUCGUAAAUGCUAUUCUUUUAGCCUAAAAUGUAAAAAGCCUUUUCCCAAAAUGCACAAAAAUGAAAAUAUUGAAAACUGUUACAAUUGUUUACAGGUGUUACAAAUUGUUGUACAUUGAGGCUGGUUCUGGUCAAAUUUGACCUGUAUAUAUUGAAAUGGUUUAUUGAUCCACCAGUGUACAGAAGGCGACAUCAAGGGAAAUUAUGGUUUUAAGGAAUCUUGAAUGUUACUAAAUAACCCAGAUUAAGAUGAACCCCAUCCGUUCCUGGCCAGCCAACAGAGCUCAAAAGAGGAGGUAGGGUGACUGAGGUUA